AUGGCUGACAUCAAACCCCCAUUCACCGCAGAAACUGCCCGUAAAAAGGUCAAGGCGGCUCAAGACUUAUGGAACACCCAAGACCCUGAACGAGUAUCCAAAGCAUACACCCCUGACACAGUCUGGCGCAACCGGGACUCCUUCCUUCAAGGCACAGAAGAAGUCAAAGCCUUCCUCAUCAAAAAAUGGCAGAAGGAAAAGUCCUACCGGCUCCGCAAAGAACUCUUUGCAUUUACUGACAACCGCAUCGCAGUACAGUUUUGGUACGAGUACCAAGACUCUAGCGAUGGGAUGAAAUGGAAGAGAUGCUAUGGUCUGGAAGAUUGGACGUUUGACUAUGAGACGGGGAAGAUGCGGAAGCGCCAGAUGUCGGGGAACGAUCUUGUUUUAGGGCCCGGUGGGAACGGGGAAGGUCGAUGUACCGUAAUCACGUGUGUUGCAAGGGAUGCCAUCUCGUCAGUCCCGAUUGUUCUGCAUGGGAGAGCAGGCUAUGCCGCAUUGGGUAGUUUGUUAGUUAUAGUACUCUCGUUUUAUACGAAUGACACCUUAGCCCGAUUGCCCUCCAUCGGUCAAUGUUGUUACGCGCUAUGA